GCCUCCUGUCCCUGCGGGCAGCCAUGGCUCUGCGGCGGACGCUGCGCUGGGCGGCGAGGAGUUACUCGCAAGGAGCCGCCAAGGAGUGGCUGACGGAAGGCUUCCUCGAUUCACUGAGGGCUGUGGUGGGGAGCUCCAACGUGGCCACGGCAGCCGCUGUUCGUGAGCAUCACGGCCACGAUGAAUCCAUGCACAGGUGCUGCCCCCCCGACGCCGUGGUUUGGCCCCAGAAUGUGGAGCAGGUCAGCUUGCUGGCAGCCGAGUGCUACAGCCGGGGAGUUCCCAUCAUCCCCUACGGCACGGGCACUGGGCUAGAAGGCGGUGUGAACGCUGUCCAGGGCGGUGUGUGCGUCAACCUGACCCAAAUGGACCAGGUCUCUCAGCUGAACCCCGAGGACUUCACCGUUGUGGUGGAGCCAGGCGUGACCCGGAAGGCUCUGAACAGCUUCUUGAGGGGCAGCGGACUCUGGUUUCCCGUCGACCCCGGGGCCGACGCAUCUCUCUGCGGCAUGGCUGCCACGGGGGCCUCUGGCACCAACGCCGUGCGCUACGGCACCAUGCGCCAGAACGUGCUGAACAUGCAGGUCGUGCUCUCCGACGGGAGGGUGCUGCACACGGCUGGGCAGAACCGGCGGCCCAGGAAGAGCGCUGCCGGCUACCACCUGACGGGGCUCUUUGUCGGCUCGGAGGGGACCCUCGGCCUCAUUACCCAAGUCACGCUGCGCCUGCACGGCAUCCCCGAAGCCACCGUGGCGGCGGUCUGCGCCUUUCCCAGCGUGCAGGCGGCUGUGGGCAGCACGGUGCAGAUUCUCCAAAUAGGCAUCCCCGUUGCCCGCAUUGAGUUCCUGGAUGACGUCAUGAUGCGGGCCUGCAACCGCUACAGCGGCCUGGGCUAUGCCGAGGCGCCCACCCUCUUCCUGGAGUUCCACGGCUCCGAGUGCAGCGUGCAGGAGCAGGUGCAAGCCGCCGGGGAGGUUGUGCAGUCAAACGGCGGCUCGGACUUCGUGUGGGCGCGGGAGCAAGAGGCUCGCAACCAGCUGUGGACGGCCCGGCACAACGCUUUUUAUGCAGCCCUGGCCCUUCGCCCAGGCCGGAAGAGUUACACCACAGACGUGUGUGUCCCGAUCUCGUGCCUCCCUGCGAUCCUUCUGGAAACGAAGGAAGACCUCCUCGAGUCCAAGCUCACGGGUCCCAUUGCUGGCCACGUAGGAGACGGCAACUUCCACUGCAUCCUCUUGUUCGACCCCGAAGACGUGGAAGAAAGUGGCAGAGUGGCCAUGUUUGCAGAACGGCUAGGCAGGUUGGGUUUGACUCGGUCCCGCUGGGCUGGGCUGGGCUGGGCUGGCACGCCGAAGGCAGAGCUGCCUGAUCCGCCCUCUCCAAUUUGGCCCUUGUUUCCGCUGACGGGCAGCCUCGGCAAGCAGAAGCGGCACGCAGGGUGUGGGAGGUGUUCCAGCAGCCCGAGCCUUCCUGCCUGGCCUGCCUCGGCCAAGUGCAGAACACCGGGACUCUCUGGCUAGGGAUGUGCUUCUCGGCUGCCUUCCCUGCGGCUGUGUGGCUGGAGCUGGUGGGGGCCGGGAGGGAGAGCUGCAUGGCGGGGAUGGCUCAGAGCGCCAGUCCUGCAGCUCUCGACGGGAAAGCGCAGGGACACCGGGGCCCUGCAGCAGGACUGCAGCAGCUGCUGCACGGAGCCCCAUCGGCUGCUUUCUCGCUGCACUGAAAGCCGCGGCAGGCAGGCAGGCAGGCAGGCAGGCAGGCAGGCAGGCAGGCGGUGGGGCUCGGCACAGCGCCCCCUAGAGGCAGCAAUGGGGCCUCUGCCUGCGGUGCGGUGUGGCGCCACUGCUGCGCCUUCAGCUCCUGCCUCACACAGAUGCCUCAUCGGUCGGCCAGCCCUGCCACAGAGACAAGGGAAAAGCGCUGGCAGGAGAGUCCGGGUGGCUCCUGCCAUAGAAGUCUUGUUCCUAGAAGGUCCUUAGUGCCUCCCAGGCUGCAGCGCUCAAAGGAUCCCACCUGCUUCCCAAGGCCUAAGAAAGGGGCUUUUGUGGCAGGCCCCCAGAGCCAUCUCCCACCAUUCUCUGGGAUGCUUUAGGAUUAGAGGAGGGAGAAGCAGCAGGUUUAGCUGGCUAGUCUGAGAACAGAUUUGCUGGGAGGAGAGUUGGUUUUGUCCGGUCCUUCCUUCCUAUCCCACCUUUCACACUGACUUACACAGUCCACACCUCCUUUCCAGUUUGUCCUCACAACAAGCCUGCGAGGUAGGUUGUCCUGACAGUCAGGAGCUGGCCCAGUGCCACCAGGCAGCCUCACAGCCAAGCAGGGACCAGAGUCUGGGUUGCCCAGGCUUCCACCCAACUCUCUUCCCCCAGCACUCUCUGACCUGGAGUUGCCUCGGACCACAGUCCCCAUGAAGCCGCCUCAGCACCGUCAUGCCCAGCCACUAGCCACGCACACUGGGCAUCACGGGAGUCGUAGUCCUCCACAAGCUGGGAAGUCUUCUCUAACCAUGGCCUCACACUGCCAUGACACACCUCGGGCAGCGGCUGGUUGUGAGUGGAGCGUGCGUGCGUGCGUGCGUGCCUGAGGGGGGCAUGUGGAAACACAGGUGCGCGCCUGCAGCAGAGGGGCUGCGCGUUGCUCCACCCUUCCCCUUCC